CCAAAUUUUAUAGAAAUCCGUUCGGUACAUUUGAGUUUAUCGCAUUCCGACAGACGAACGCGACGGGGGACUUUGUUUCCCAAAAUGUAAGGACGUUGCACAAUUAUAGGUAUGUUUAUCCGACUGGUACAAUAAGUAAUAUAGUCACGAAGGCAAUUCUCCAUCUUGCGGUUAACCGUCGUCGACACAGUACGCAAUAUGUAGAACGUAGAUAAGUAAACCGCUUGGUCGGUUGGACAACGCGACCCCCCACCCGGCCAGCCGCACGGUCGCUACUCGCCCCCUGAACCAGUCUGCGGGCACCCGCAAUCCAGCAAGGUGGGCCUGUCCACGUUUUGUAUAAACAAAAUGGACUUUGACACAUUAAAAUUUAUUAAUGAAGUGCACAAACGGCCAGCAAUAUGGAAUACGAAAUGCCCGCAAUAUCUAGAUAAAGAAGAAAAACAAAAAGCAUGGGAUAGCCUGGUUGUAAUUUAUGGAUCAAAUUUAUCAACGCAAGAGCAGAUAGAACUAGGUAGAAACCUUCACAAAAAAUGGAGAAAUGUACGCGAUUGCUUUGUGAAAACAUAUAAAGCAAAAUGCAAAGAGAAGACAACUGGCUCUGCAGCUAAAAAGAAAGUUCAUUAUGCGUUUUACAAACAUCUUUUAUUUUUAGAGGAUACCAUUAAUAUUAAAACAUUUAAGACGUCGACAGCUGGCCGUCGUCAGAAACGCCAAGAAACUGAAACUCAAACAUCAGAUACCGACUCAGAGCCGAGUUCACAUUCCUGGACCCCACAGAAAAAUACCGAUGUUACAAUUGACAACAUCGGCAGAGAUAUAAUUGGAGCUUUAAAUAGAAACUUAGAGCAAAAAAUGGAAGAGGAUGACGAUCGCUUAUUUUUCUUGUCCCUGGUGAAAGAAUUUAAAAAAAUACCAGAGUAUUUGCAAAUUCAAACCAAAUUGGAUCUUUUAAGAGUAAUUCAACAGGCACAAAUUCCGAAGUUUGAAAAUUCGCCGUCGCCUGAAGAUAGAGCCAAUACUUUUAUUAUAUAACAUUCUGAUUCCAGGUUUUAUAGAACAUCUUCAUAAAAUUAUGGACAUAAUGUAAUUAAGUGCCUGUUACUAAUGUAACAUUAGGAUAUAAACUUUUAGAUUCCUUUGACGAUUCCGGAAGUAACAUACUUAGUCAUUAUAAAUUCUGUGUAUAUAUUUGUACUUUAAUAUGUAUUGAAAUCUUAUAAUAAGACACACAAAUCUCUGCUACUACUGGACUCUCGCUGUAUUUUCGUUGCAGUUCAAUUAACAGUUAAAAAUUUAGACAACUUAUAAAUUAUAGUACCUUUUCAUUUAGAAAUCUAAUAAUGAAAUCCUGUUUUGUAAAUUAUUAGGAGUUGAAUAUUUUAUCUAAUGAUAUAUAGUUUUAAUUAAGCAUUAAUUAUGUGUGUAAUAUUUUUUAUGAAUUAGUAAUUAUCGCACUGAAAAUACUAAUGGUAUACGACACGGGUAAAUCAUAAAUAAACAGAGUGAAAUAAAACAAAUAAUUUUAUGA